CCUACAUCGGAUGAUGAUACGAUGAUACACAGCAAUUACGCUGUUGCUGUUGUGGUGUGUUCCUUCCUCCAUGGAUGUAUUGACGCUAAGUACUUUGGAAGUUUGGGCAAUAUCUAGUAUAUUGACAGUUGAAGUAGCAGGUUUUAUACGAAAGGUUCUGGUAUAGAACAAUGGGCAAUUAGUUGUCAUUCACUUUGAAUGAAAAUUGAAAGUACGAGGUGAGUAAAAAAAAUGGUGUCCGGAAACUGGACAGUGAACAUGGCGUGUGUGCAUGGAGGAAGGAGGGGAAGUGACAGGACAUGCAGGCCGGGCGCGAUCCUUCCCCCAUGGAUGCAUUAAUCGGGCGAGAACAGCUGUCAUUUUGAUCUGGAACUUUAUGUAGGCCUUAGCUGGUUUGAGACUUGAUGACUUUGAAUCAUGGCAGGACUUUAGUUGCAUCAUCAGGCAUGUCAGGAUUAUGCGCUGGUGGGAAUGGCAAAAGUUUGGUAGCCGAUGCCAAGUGCCCGUUAGGAUGUGCAAAUACAUGUAGCUUUGACUGAGACCGUCCAUGUGACUGUGAGGCUGGCAUGCUGAAAUGUGAUAGCCAUAAUGUCACAUAGUUAUCACCGAGUGGCACUUGCUGCCCACAAAUCGCUCCAUGGGUGGGGUUUUGUCUGCUGGUGCAGCCAGCACGGAAAACAGCCGGGAACAGCAGGCAAUCCCCUGGUGGUUCUCGGCAUCAGGCCCUUCUCUUCGAAAGACACGAGGAGUAAUGGCAACAUUGACAAGGACGCCAAACGGACAGGGCAGUCUACACUGCAGGACAGAUUCAAGCACCUCAAGUCAUCUGUUGCUGCCACCGGAUCGAGAGUGCAGGACAGCGUGCACAGCUCCAGGGAGAAGUUCUUGGGUGCUUUCUUCACGUUGCAGGCCCAGCCAGAUAACAGGGAAGCAAAACACGGCGAGAAUAUAACUGGAGGUCAUUUCAGCAUGAAUGGGGAGUCAAAACAGCCUGAUAGUCACAACCCGAGGUCAGUUCCGGGGGAUAAGGAGUGUACCGUCCCCGCAAAACCUGAUUCAGCCGUCACUGAAACAUCCGAGAAUUGCAAGUUGCAGGACAAGCAAGACCUGACACCUCCAGAAGACACCAGCAAGAGGUUCGCGCAGAAAGAUUUCUGGGUCAACAUUCCCUCUUUCCAGGAUCGGAUUAACAGACUGAAAGCUCCCUUCUUAGGGAGUGCGAGCACGCAGAGAGGCGGGGACGGAGUGACAGGAGCCAAGCCGGAGGAUUGUGAUCGCCUUCAACCAAAGGAUGGCAGCAGAGCUGAAAUCCAAGGACAGCAGGUGCCGUACAUGCAGAAACCUAAGGAUGUGGACUCAUUAAAACCGGAAAGCUUAGAUGUGACAGCUGAUGCUGUAUCUGAAAAUGAAGCAUCUGAGAAAACCUCCAAUCAGCAGUCACAGGAGUCCAAAAGAAAGCCCGGUACUUUGUCUUCUGUAACUAGCAGCAUCCCCAACAUUAACUUCCCCAGUGCUGCUGCCGUGCAGAGCGUGAUCAAGUCCCUACCAGGCCGUAGAGCAUCCAGCAAGACAGAGUCCAAGCUUCAGAAGAGAUCUCUGGAGGACCUGGAUGCGGAUGCAUUCGACUUAGACGCCAGCCCCAUCGUCAGCAUGAAUCUGGCCCUGGAAGAACCAAGGGUGCCUCAUGGGGAGAGUGGCAAGCAUAGUCAGGUGUCCCCGGUAAAGGAGACCGAGAAGGAAGCCAAGAUGAGGAAAGACAGGGCCUUGGAGGCUGGAGAGGCAACAGCCAAGAAACCCAGGAAACAGAUCAAACCAGUGAUUUCCAAGACCUCCAUUGAUGAUCGCACCAAGAACCUGGCAAUUGGAAUCUGCAGUGCAACCAGCAAUGCCAUGAAGUUGUUGAAACUGGAGAGAUUAUGCAGUCACCUGAUGCAAUAUCCUGAAUCCAGGGAGAUGGCCAUAAAGGAGAAGCUGAUCCCCGCCUUGCUGAAGAUGCUGUCAACGAGGGACUUGGCCAUGAGGGAGCAGGUGAAUGAGGCAUUAGCCAUUCUGGGCUAUGCAGCCCCGGUCAAGGGGCGGGGCUUGAGGAUCUUAUCCAUUGAUGGAGGUGGCACGAGGGGUGUCAUUGCAAUUGAGACUCUGCGUGAGAUAGAGCGCCGUACCUCCCAGCCAAUCCGAGACCUCUUCGACUAUAUGAUGGGGGUGAGCUCGGGGGCCGUGCUGGGCUUCCUCCUGGCCUGUGGCGGUGCCUCCCUGGAUGAGUGCGAGGAGCUGUACCUACAGCUCAGCCAGGAGGUCUUCAAGAGGAACACCUUCCUGGGCACCAGUAAGCUGGUCCUGAGCCACGCCUUUUAUGACACCGAGGGCUGGGUAAAAAUACUGAAGUCGCAUCAGAUGGCAGACAAGCCCAUGAUAUCUACAGCAAGGCAGGCAGAAUGUCCAAAGGUGGCAGCCGUGGCAACUUUGAUGAAUGUAGGCUCCAUCAAAGACUUCCUCUUCCGGAACUACAACGUGCCACCCGGCACCCAGUCUCGCUACCGAGGCGCCUGCAAAUAUGAGUUAUGGGAAGCAGCAAGAGCCUCCUCUGCGGCACCCGGCUAUUUUGAAGAGUGCAAACUGGAUGAGUACGUUUUCCAGGACGGAGGUGUGCUGACCAACAACCCCUGCGCUCUGGCCAUCCACGAGUGUCGCCUGUUGUGGCCUGACACACCGAUCCAGUGUGUGGUGUCGGUGGGCUGUGGGCGCUACGACCCCGAGGAGGGCUGCCCGGAGCCGGAAUACAGCAGCCUCAGGAAGAAGCUGACCAACAUCAUGAGCAGCGCCACCGAUACAGAAUCUGUACACACGGUCCUGCAGGACCUCCUCCCGAGCGGCACCUACUUCCGCUUCAAUCCCCCCAUCAGCGAGGACUUCCUCCUGGACGAGAACCGGGCCGAGAUGAUCCAGCAGAUGCAGCAGGAGGCCCGGGACUACCUGGAGCUGAACGAGCUGAAGCUGGUGCAGGCUAGCGGGGUGCUGACUCGGAGGAAGACCCACUUGCACAAAGCCCUGGACUGGCUGCGGCUACAGCGACAGCUGAGGAGGUGAUAGAGAGGGGCCGUGGACAGGGCAGGGCCGAAUGAAGUGUCCCAUUGGCCCCACUCCGGCCUCAGUAACAGUAUCAUCAUAGCACUGGCAAACAAUCAGGAGCCUCACAUCUAGUGUUGGAUCUAAGCUGGACUGAACUGCGUAUGUGCUGGGUCAAAUCCGUUCCAAAGUUGAAUAUUAGACAGACACUGUGAGAGGUUCAUGGCGUAUCUACUUCUACGCUUGUACUCGGUAAAGUCCCCAUACUUGGAUAUCACGCCAAGGAUGCACGUAAGACAUCGAGUGUGUACUGAGGGUGGUUUGGAAUUGGGAAAUGGAGCAGGGGUAACCGAUGCGAGGAGAUUAUUUCGGGAAGGAGUUGUUACCAGGAACAAAGAUUAUUUGAAGGCAUUAACCCUCCU